AUGAAUGGGCUUCUUACCCCGUUAAAUCUACAAGCCGAGGGUAAACCACAUGAUGAAUACAAGCAACAGCUUGCUACUGCUGGCGGCGACAGAGAUUACGGCUCAUUUCAAGCACCUGAUGGACUUUUUACCUCGCCUGCUGGCUCUAGCGAUGAGGGCGACGACAGCAACAACAAUCCUGAAGGAAACUUGGAGUCGGACAUGGACCAUCCCUACCUUUGUCCCCACUACUUUGUUCGACAUGAUUCUAACCGUAGUCGCCGCAAUAGACACCGCACUAGAAGAGCAGUCCGACGCAUUUCACAGCUCAGCUUCACGGGUCCUUCCGUAUUGGAUCGUCAACCAGGGAACUACGACCCGCAGAGCAACAGUUCUUGGGAUUACCUAAAUGGUUUGAGUCAACAUGACCCAACGUCUCUUUUCAAUUAUCAAGCACUGGAGGGGAUUGUGGACGCUGUCUUGAUGUCUAUCAUGCACGGCAGACGCCAAAUCUUUCACGAUCUUGUUACUGGAGUUGCGAAGAACACCAUACAGAACCCACCACCAUUCCCGUGCUUCGUCGGUUCAGAGGAAGAGUACAGCUUUUGUAAAGUACAUUAUGACAACGAGGACAUAGAGAAGAUGGCGCGUGCCCACACACCUGACAAUCUGAUCCGGCGAUUUCCAGUUCAAGUUUGGAACUAUUAUCUUAAAAUCAACAACGACUCCGGAAGGCUCGAACGCUUCGAUGGAAUCCUUCACUACCCUCUUCUUUACAUGACGGUAAUUGCCAGAUCAAUACAUCGAGACAUCUUCCUAGCGAAGAUGCUACUCUCAAUCAUGCGCGAAAUGAAUGUGCCGAACCCCAAGGAGUGGACAACAGGGUCCAAGUUCGAGUCUGAUUGUUUUGCCAUAGCCAUCACUGGCCCCCCUGCAGCACCACUUUACCAUGCAGCUUACUUGAGAUGGAACGAGCUGGCUGUCCUAUUGAUGGAACACGGUUCAACACCCCAAGGGCGAUGCUGGGAGUACCCGGGUGGAUGCAACACCAUAUUAGGCCAGCUCUAUGCGGACACCAAUGGAGCGAGCAGUGAAGUUCGAAAUCUACUCAGGACAGCUUCCAGUCUCCGCAUUGAUCGUAUCAUUACCUUGAACGAUAUCUCCACGCUCCUGCGCUCAUAUCCAAGCGUCGAAGGUCUGAUCCAGUGGAAAAAAGGUGUCCUCAACUGGAAUAAUUACUACCAGUCUCCUCCAGUUCACUACAUUCAACUGUGGGAUGCAAUUAGAGAAGCCAAUGCUCCACAGCGUCAGAAGGUCUGUACGGGCUGUCCACCACGGUCGUUUCUCGUCAUUAAUGCGGUGCGGCGUCGCGACAUAGUGGCGCUUCAGCACUUACUAGAUUUUGGACUGAAUGUAAAUGAGAAAGUCGAACCUAUUGGUUUCACUCCAAGAGCCACGGCUCUUGACAUAGUGAGCUGGACAGCAACAGUCAAGCGACUUCGAUGCUGCGACAGCGGACUCGAACUCAGGGAACACGACCGGCGGAUCGCGGAAUUUCUACUUUCCCGUGGGGCCAUUCGGGGACCUAAUUAUAUGUUCGAGUACUUGCUCGUUAUUACUAUCUUGCAAUGCGUCGUCCUACCUAUCUCACUGCCAGUCUUGCUAUGCUUUCUCAUCUCCUUGUGCGGGUCGAAAGCCGUGAAUCUCAUAAGUCAGUCUUGGAGCAUACGAGACGCAGUCUUAGAGGACGAGCCUGGAGGUCACUUAAUCUAUAAUUUGGACACCAUUCUGUACACAUUCGGGUGA